AAGAAGAUUUGGUUUCCUUGGCAGCGGGAGGAGGAGCUCGCUGCCUUGGGUUUGUUUGCUUGCUGUGCCACAUCGCACAACACAGAGCCGUCUGUGUGAACGGUGAUAGCGGUUUAAACAGGCCCUGUGGCCAUGGCUAAAGACCCGUUAGCCGAGGCAGGCUUUUAUUUUGAUGAACUCAACAAGCUACGGGUACUGGAGCCCGAUGUCAGCCAGAAAACCUCAGAGCUCAAGGAAGAGUGUAAAGAAUUUGUGGACAAAAUUGGCCAGUUCCAGAAGAUAGUGGGAGGUCUAAUUGAGCUGGUGGAUGAAUUGGCAAAAGAAGCGGAGACAGAAAAGAUGAAGGCAAUUGGAGCCAGAAACCUGCUGAAGUCCGUGGCAAAGCAAAGAGAGGCUCAACAGCAGCAGCUUCAGGCUCUCAUAGCCGAGAAGAAGAUGCAACUUGAGAGAUAUCGUAUUGAGUAUGAAGCCUUGUCCAAGGUGGAGUCAGAGCAGAACGAGUUUAUCGACCAGUUUAUUCUGCAGAAGUGAGGAUGUGACUGAGACAGCAAAAAAAUAAUAAAUAAGUACGACAUCUGUACGACCA